UUUUUUAUUUUUUUUUUAUUUUUUUUUAUUAUAAUCACACUGAAAUGAAGCGAAUCGCUCGCUUUAGUUUUAUCCUUUCUCUUCUUGCAACGGCUUGUUGAUGAUAACAAUCAUCUUUUUUAUAUGAUUAACCCACUUUUCACAUCGGUUCAUCCAUUUUCCUUGAGAUGGAGACACUGUCAUUCGAACCAGCAGUUGAGCGACAGCCCUCUCUGUACAGUGCAAGGGUAGAGCAAAGCCAGACGAGGUGCAGGCAGCUGGCUGCUGAGUUCUUCAAGGACGGUGUGAAAAGGGCACGGGAGCGACACACAAGGCAAGAACUCCUAAACAAGAAACUGGACCUCGCUGCAAACUCGCCUAGCCACUCAAAAAGCCAGUCGCAGCAGCUAUGGUCAAAUGCUGGCAAGCUGGAAGCACAAUAUCUUCGCUUUCUCCGCACGCCGAAUCGACCAGAUGACUAUGACACGAUCAAGUUGAUCGGAAGGGGGGCCUUUGGAGAGGUGAGGUUGGUGCGCCGCAAACAAACAGGCAAAGUAUUCGCGCUCAAAUCACUGCUAAAGAGCCAAACCAUCGCCCAACUCCAAGCGGCAAGAGUGCGCGCAGAGAGGGAUAUCCUUGCUGAAUCCGACAGCCCCUGGGUGGUGAAGCUAUAUACGACCUUUCAGGACUCCAACUUUUUGUAUAUGCUGAUGGAGUUCCUCCCUGGGGGCGAUUUGAUGACCAUGCUCAUCAAGUACCAAGUAUUCAGCGAAGACAUCACCCGAUUUUUCAUGGCCGAGGUGAUCGAGGCCAUCGAGGCGGUGCACCGUCUUGGCUUCAUCCACCGCGACAUCAAGCCAGACAACAUACUUCUUGAUCGCCAUGGUCACAUCAAACUUACGGAUUUCGGGCUGUCGACGGGGUUCCGCAAGCUGCACGAUACCAACUACUACCAGCGACUGCUAAAGGCUCCCGAGUUGCCGAAACCUAUCGCGAAACCUAUUGACCAUCGCCACCGUGACUCUGUCAACAUUGAUCAGAUCAACAUGACGGUUAGCAACAGGGACCAGAUCAACGAGUGGAGGCGGUCACGCCGCACCAUGGCAUUUUCUGCCGUAGGGACGCCGGAUUAUAUAGCACCGGAGCUGGUAAUGGGCCUGGGAUAUUCCUUCUCGAUCGAUUGGUGGUCUCUCGGCGCCAUCAUGUACGAAUGCUUGAUUGGAUGGGCCCCUUUUUGCUCUGAAGAUGCUACAGACGCCUACCGAAAGAUUGUACACUGGAGGGAUUCCCUGCAAUUCCCAGAGGAUUUCCAACUGACGUACAACGCCGAGAAUCUCAUUCGAAGCCUGAUGUGUGAAGCGGAAAACCGCCUCGGCCGCAUCGGUGCCGAGGAGAUCAAGGCACACCCGUUCUUCGCGGGCGUGGAUUUCAGCUCGCUGCGACGCAUACGUGCGCCUUUCGAACCGCACUUGUCGUCAGAGACAGAUACGGCAUAUUUUCCAUCCGAAGAAGAGCUUGCGAACAAUGCAAUCCAGCUUGAGGCUGCCAGGGCCGCAGCUGAGCCAGCCGGUGCAACUGAUGGCUUCGAGCCGCCAGAGAUGACAUUGCCCUUCAUCGGCUAUACCUUUAAGCGGUUUGAGAACAAUUUCCAGUGAUCCAAUUGGCCGUUCAUAUGCCUCUAAAUUCAGUUGGUAUUUAUAGACUUAGGUGCUGGCUACCUUAUAGGGUUAAGCUCAUCAUCAUCAUCAUCAAAAUUAAUGGGAACGGAAUAAAAAGCAAUAAUAAAGGAAACAUUAUGACUUGAACACAAUUAAUCGACUUGUCGGUGUAUCAGCGAAUAAUGUG